UAAACACUGAAGUGAUGAAACUGGUCGAGGAGCCAGAACUGGGUGGAGCUCUCGUCACCAGGGAGGGCAGAGGAACAACACCAAGGGGAGGGGGGGAGGUAAUAAGAAACAUAGACAGGAAAUCACAGCCAGGGCCUCACUGCUGCAAAUAAGAGUAACAGGCCCUGAGGGGGAGGAGGAGAGAGCCCUUGUGUACCCAGAGAGCCUGUAGAAGGCUCCUCGCUCAGAGAUUGGGGCUGGAGCUGGCUGUGAGAGGUGGGGACAGUGAACAAUCAUCUGGGAGAGUGGGUCUGAACAAACCCUGGAGCAAAGACCCCAGCAUAUUCAGGGCUGCCUCCACCAGGGCAUUAGCCUCUGCAAGAAGAAAUUCAGGGCAGGAUUGAGAAGGCUAACUAUGGACCACUGGGAUAGCUCUGACCCUGCUACACCAAGAAGAGUGAGGUCCACGGGAGGCGACGGAGAAGCCUUAUGUGUAGCAGAAGAGGAACCUGUUGGAGAAGAGGAGGAAAUGCCAGCAUUCCCAUGCACCCAGAAUGGUCCAGCAGGGCCCAGCUGUAGCCGCUGUCAGAAGAACCUGUCCCUGCACACAUCCGUGAGAAUUCUCUACCUGUUCUUGGCUCUCCUGCUGGUGGCUGUGGCAGUGCUGGCUUCACUGGUGUUUAAGAAGGUGGACUCUCUCUCAGAAGACAUCACCAUCACCCAGUCAAACUACGAGAAGAAGAUAGUGUCCAUGCAAGAAAACCUCCAGGAGCUAGAUCAGAAAGCUCUGGGCAAUUGCUCCUUCUGCCAUGACACGGGGCAGUUGGGACAAGAGAUCCAUAAACUUCAGCAGGAACUGGAGGAAAUCCAGAAGAUGCUUCGAGUCCAAGAGAUUCAGCUGGAUCAGACGUCCCAUGCCCAUCAGCAGCUCUUUUCUACAAGCAACCAAAUCACUGCUGCAGUAGACAGCUGCUCUUUCUCCAUCCACCAGGUCAACCAGACUCUGGGCCAAUUUCUGGCCCAGGUGAGGGGCUGGCAGGCUGCCAUGGCUGGACUGGAUUUUUCGCUAAAGGACCUGACCCAAGAUUGCUAUGACGUUAAGGCAGCCGUGCAGCAGAUCAACUUCACAGUGGGCCAGACCUCAGACUGGGUCCACAUGAUCCAGAGAAAGACAGAAGAAGAGACCUUGACCCUGCAGAAGAUGGUCAGUGACUGGCAGAACUACACCCGGCUCUUUGGCGGCCUGCGGGCCACCUCGGCCAAGACGGGGGAACUGGUCAAGAGCAUUCAGACCAACCUCGGUAGUGCCUCCCAGCGCAUCAACCAAAAUUCUGAGGGCAUCCAUGAUCUAGUGUUGCAGGUGAUGGGCCUGCAGCUGCAGCUGGACAAUGUGUCUUCCUUCCUGGAUGACCACGAGGAGAACAUGCAUGAUCUUCAGUACCACACACGCUAUGCCCAGAACCGGACUGUGGAGCGUUUUGAGACCCUGGAAGGGCGUAUGACUUCCCACGAGAUUGAGAUCAACACCAUUUUCACCAACAUCAAUGCCACAGACAACCACGUACAUAGCAUGCUCAAGUACCUGGACGACGUCCGGCUCUCCUGCACACUGGGCUUCCAUACCCAUGCUGAAGAGCUCUACUAUCUCAACAAGUCUGUCUCCAUCAUGCUGAGCACCACAGACUUGCUGAGGGAACGCUUCAGCCUGCUCCGUGCCCGACUGGACUUUGACAUCCAGAACCUCUCAAUGGUCAUGGAGGAAAUGAAGGCUGUGGAUGUCCGGCAUGGAGCCAUCCUCCAGAAUGUCACCAUUCUAAGAGGCAUCCCUGGACCUCCAGGACCAAGAGGACUCAAAGGAGAUGUGGGUGUGAAAGGACCCUAUGGGAUCAGGGGUCCCAAAGGAGACAAUGGCACUAUGGGUCCCCCUGGCCCCCAAGGUCCCCAGGGUCAGCCUGGUAAAGCAGGGCCAGCAGGUGAACGGGGACCCAGCGGCCUCAAAGGUUUCCCAGGCCUUAAAGGAUCUAAAGGCAGCUUUGGAUCAGCAGGACUAAGAGGACAGCCAGGCCCUAAGGGUGAUAUGGGUCCCCAGGGGCCAGAGGGACCCCCAGGUUCUCCAGGUCCACCAGGACUCCAGGGCAAGCCAGGGAUCGCUGGGAAGACAGGAUCGCCAGGCCAGAUUGGACCCAUGGGUCCAAAGGGCGAGCCUGGCAUACAGGGCCCCCCUGGUCUCCCUGGGCCUCCAGGGCUACCAGGAAACGAGAGCCCAUACUGAACAGAAUCCACUUCCUAGAAAUGCUGCCGCACAAAAGUUCUAGGGAAAGGGACUGCCCAAAGCAGCCCAGAGCCCUGUCAGGGAAGAAGAAUCUACCCAAAGACAACUGUGCUUCCUUCAUCUCCACUGGGAUUCCUCCUGGAUCUGACCCUGUCCACUUCCAGCUUCCAAAGGACUUCCUGCUUGCUACUUUGGCUAGUCCCAGGGAUCCUAGAACCCUACCUUUCCUCACCCCCACAGGCUGUUGCCAAAGAAGUCCCCAAUGCUAAAUUAAUGGGACUAAACUUCUUCUUAGGGGGAAGACAAGGAUGGGGAUGAAGAUGAUGGUGGUGGUCAUAGUGAUGAUUACAGCAGUGAUUGAUGAUAAAGUAGCAGCAACUCCCUUCUUCCUAUUCUUCUUUCUCUACUGAGCAGGGGUCUAGCUGGACUAGCCUUGGGAAGGUCAUGAAAGGGGACAGAUGGGUCUGGGGGUACCCAUUCGGAUGGGAAUUGAGCAAAUUAUUGUGUGGGAGUCAGUGCAUAAAUCUGAUGGUGACUACCCAGGGGGAGGGGGGGUGUUGAACCAGCAUCAUCACUGGUACGCCAAAUAUUUUCUUUUAUUCCCUGUCCUAUCCAACAUGGCCAACCAUGUACUGGAUGUGGCAAGGAAAGAGGAGACAAAAAUGGAAGCCCCUGCUUGUGGAGACCUUUAGGGAGUAGGUCUAUUUGGUCAUAGAAAAAGCCUCUUGGUUUGGAUUAUGCCAGAGGUGACUCAUAAACCUUUAGAGGGUAAUUUCAGAGAGCUCUUCUUGAUUGAAAUAGAAAGAAAUGGCCGUGCCGUCCUCAGGGCCCUGCCUCUGGUUUAACCUGAAAUCAAGGGGUCUUUUUUAAAGGCCCUUUGCUGCACCCUCUCCUCUUUGGGUAUGUGGCAGCCCAGUGGGAACUCAUGUGGAAGGGGAGGGUGUCUUCACUUUAGAAAGAAAAUGCAGCAAUUGAAAGCACACUCGAAAGUUUGGGUUUGGUCUGGAACUGUAAUUUUAUUGGUGCAGGAAACAUUCCCCACGAGGCAACUCCCUUCACUGACACAGAUCAGCACCUGCUCUGCAACUGCUAGUCUUUAGAAAACUACUUAAAGUAGGUUGGUGAAAAUGAAUGGAGAAGGCCACCAAUAUUGGAUGAGGGGGAGGGAACAAACUGCAGAGAAGGGUCCUGGUUAAACAUGCUCAUGUUUGGGAGCUUUGGGAAGAUACCUCUUCAUUCAGAGUCCUCCCCGCAAAACACAAGCAUGUGCACACAUACACACACACACACACACACACACACAAACACAAUUUCACACCCAACCCUGAGACUGGCCUUCUGUUCCCUGAACAAGAGGUUGUCGUUGUGACAGGGGAUGUCCCAGGCAGCGGCAGGUACCCCCAGCUAACCAGAGUCCUGAUUUCACCACACUAGGUCCAUCUGGCCCUAGCACGCACUGAACAGGUGCUCAUUCUAUACACUUAUUUGCAGCAGUCUCAUGAAUAGUGCCUUUCUGCUCCCCGAUCUAGUACUUAAAAUCACCCCCAGCUAACCCAGUGAAGAGAGACAAGAUUAUACUAGUUAGUGGGCAGGACUCGCUACUUAAAGACCAAGGGCUGGGCCCUCAAAUGAGUACAGUGUAUGAUCCUCUUGUUUCCCAAUGAGAUACCGACCAUUCCCCUCCCUCCCACCACCCUCGGCUUGCAGUGGGCACUGCUGGAAAGAAGUAUCAAGAAAUUCCUUGUAAAAGGAUCAAGAUCCCCAAAGAUAUGGCCCUCUCUGGGCUGUGGGAACUAGAGAAACCACAUAUCCUCACAUUUCCCUUCAUAACCCCAGACUUUAGGGAAAUGGGGUUUAGGGUCUUUGCUACCAGACUGAUCGAUCUGGAACAGGGCCCUUGUACUACUUGCUGGGGCCUGAAGUGGCAUUUUAAUUUCAAUUGUCUUUGUUCUGAUUAAUAUGCAACUGGUUUGCAUCUUCCCCCAUUACUGCUGUGUAACCCUCAUAUCUACCUAUAUCACAAAACAUUGUAUUACUGGAUCAAUAAAGAGAUGCCUACCUGAGGGAGAUGGGCUUCUUGACCUUUCUUCCAGGGAGGUGCCAUUUUGUUGGAAUAUAGAGGAAUGACCCACGGAUACAUCCACUCCAUAGAGAGUUUUCAUAUUUAGGCCUCUCUUCCAGGGAGCUGCUGCUCUGACAGAACUUAGAGGAAUCACUCUACAAGAUAUGUCCAUCCCACAUAGAGUCUCUGUUUCUGCAUGCUCUGAUCCAUCCAUCAAUCAACAAUCACUCACUGAGUGGCUCCUUUAUGAACAACAUUGUGUUUGACCAGGGGUCUAGGAAGGCAGAGGAUGCAGUCCCUGGAUGGGCAGUCUCUAUGGCCUAAUUGUGGGGUGGGGAGUAGAAGAAAAGGAAUUGGAAGAGAGCAUACACAUAAAAAGAUGCCCAAAGAUAUAAGGGAAACAUAAUAAUAAUAGAUUGCCUUGGGGGCAGCUAGGUGGCACAGUGGAUAGAGCACCGGCCCUACAGUCAGGAGGACCUGAGUUCAGAUCUAGCCUCAGACACUUGACACUAGCUGUGUGACCCUGGGCAAGUCACUUAACCCUCAUUGCCCCACAAAAUAAUAAUAAUAAUAACAAUAAUAGAUUGUCUUUAUAUCGCACUUCAAGUUUUGCAAAGGGCUUUUUCACAAGUUAUCUCAUAUUAGUUAAAAUACAGGCCAACUUCCAAUCAAGCACUACAGGCAAUAAUUUCCAGAGGAUCAUAAAUUCAGAACUAGAGUGAUUUUAGAGUGUAUCCUCUCUAACCUCUCCAUUUUAUGGAUGAGGAAACUGAUACCCAGGAGGGCUGAGUGACCUGUCCAUGGUCAUAUCCAGGCACACCUCAGAAACAUUUCAGGUUCAGUUCCAGAUCACCACAAUAAAGCAAAUAUCGCAGUAAAGGGAGUCACAUGAAUGUGUUUGUUUCCCAGUGCAUAUAAAAGUUAUUUUUUCACUAUACUGUAUUCUAUUACAUGUGCAAUAGUAUUAUGCCUAAA